UUGGAAUGCACUUCAAUUGAGUUAAUGACUUUUGUCCAGUAGCAAUCAUUAGCUAGCAAGCAUAAUCAAAGAAUCUGAGAGUUGUUUGGCUCAUCCUAAAAAGACAUCCAACCAAUAUAAUUUUUGUUUACUUAGUUUCAAAAUUGAUUUGAAUCAAUCACCUCUUAACAAAAUAAAAAAAUAAAAAUGGCAGGCAUCAUUUCAUCAUCUUCAUGUUACAAGACUCGUCACAAUCCAUUUCAACAACCAUGUUGUUAUUCAUCUCAAAGAAUGAGGCUAAUCAAGAAUCCAACGAACCAUCUUACAAGCACUCGAAUGAUGAGAUCUCGGUCGAAAAUCGCCGGGAAAAGAUCAGGGUUGGUGGUGGUGGUGGGUGAUAAAGACUAUGGUAAAACAGGGAGGAGGAGGGUGGAGGGGGUGAAGUGCAUGGCGGAGGAGGGAGCUGUGAGUGGUGCACCACCGGAUUCAACGGCGGAGGACAAGGUGGAGAGGUAUAGAUUGACGGUGGUUUGUUUGGUGGCAUUUGUUAUGUGUCUAUGUAGUGCAGAUAGGACAGUUAUGUCUGUAGCUAUAGUUCCUUUGGCUCAUACACAUGCUUGGUCUACCUCUUUUGUCGGCAUUGUCCAGUCAUCAUUUCUAUGGGGCUAUAUAGUAUCCUCAGUUAUCGGUGGAGCAAUGGCAGACAAAUUGGGAGGAGCAAGAGUAAUGGCGUGGGGUGUUGCGUUGUGGUCGUUGGCCACUCUUCUUACUCCAUGGGCAGCCAACCACUCUUCCGCCACCCUCUUGGUUGUUCGCGCUAUUUUUGGCCUAGCAGAAGGAGUUGCUUUUCCUUCCAUGAACAUCCUUCUCUCAAGGUGGUUUCCAAUCCAUGAACGUGCACGAGCUGUGGGGAUCUCCAUGGCAGGAUUUCAACUUGGAAAUGUUUUAGGCUUGUGCUUAACUCCAGUUUUGAUGUCAUUAGUCGGUAUAUCAGGACCUUUUUUACUGUUUGCUUCUCUUGGGAUACUUUGGCUAUUGGCAUGGGUUUAUGGUGUUGCAAAUGAUCCUACACAAAGCCCUUUUAUCAGCAACUUAGAACUACAACUCAUCCAAGCUGGGAAGUUUGUUGAUUCUUCUUCUCAAAGCAAUGGCAAAAAUAUACCUCUUCCAUUAGGCAUUCUCUUAUCCAAAAAACCUUUUUGGGCUAUCCUUAUUGCAAAUUUCACAAAUAAUUGGGGAUAUUUUGUUCUCCUGUCGUGGAUGCCUAUUUAUUUCAAAACUGUACUAAACGUGAACCUUAAGGAAGCGGCAUGGUUUAGUGCUAUUCCUUGGGGAGUGAUGGCUGUAUCGAGCUUUGUUGCUGGUUCAGCAUCUGAUUAUUUAACCAAAUCUGGAUAUUCCUUGAUAUAUGUUCGCAAAAUGAUGCAGUCUAUAGGAUUUAUCGGACCUGGAUUAUCGUUACUUUGCUUGAACUAUGCCAAGUCUCCAGGAGUUGCAUCUAUAAUUCUUACAAUUGGGUUGAGUUUGAGUUCUUUCAGUCAAGCUGGGUAUUUCCUCAAUAUACAAGAUAUUGCACCACAUUCAGCAGGACUCAUCCAUGGUAUAACAAAUGCAGCAGGGACAGUAGCUGCAAUAAUUAGUACCAUUGGUGCUGGUUACUUUGUGGAAUGGCUUGGAUCUUUCAGAGCAUUUUUGACCUUGACAUCUAUGCUUUAUUUUACCGCGACUAUUUUUUAUAAUCUUUACGCCACUGCAGAACGAGUAGUAUAAAAUCAGAUCUUACUGUUUGUAGCUGCAAAUGUUGAAUUAGCAACAUAGUUAUGUUUUUGUCCUGAUGAAAAUUUUAUGUGAAAUCUGGUGUAACUCAGAAAAUCAUACUAAAAUGAAGGAAUAUACGGUUCGUCUAUCGUUGGCAGUCUGAUUCUUCCAAAUUUAUCUAGUCUCACAACUCCAAAAAUGUUCCUAAACGUAUGGUUAGGGUUUAACUGUUUAAGCGAUAGACAAUUUUGAGGUGGGAGAGUUCAUAUGAAUUGUAAGCUUGUAAUCUUCUUUUAUCAUCAGAACAUUACUUCAUAGUGUAUGGGUGGUUUUUCUC